AUGUGUUCCAUUGUCAUGGGUGCUACUGGUGGCAAGAACAAGACAUCAUGGCCCGAGGUGGUGGGCAUGUCCAUCAAUGAGGCGACAGAGAUUAUUCUUAAAGACAUGCCCAACGCCCACAUUGAAAUUCUGCCUGUUGGCUCGAUUGUGAUCCAGGACUUCCGCCUUGAUCGCGUCCGCAUCUUUGUCGAUAUUGUUGCCCAAACUCCGACAGUUGGUUGA